GCGGCAGCUCCCCGCUCCUAGGUGCGAGCUGAGCCUGACCGGGAGCGAGCGGCGCGUCGCCAUGCCGGCGUGACGGGCGCCCCCGGCUGCCCGCGCGGGCCCCCGCGCUGCCCCACGCCGCGCUGUGCCGGCGCCGGGCUGCAGGAUGGGCUGUAUCCAAAGCAUCACCUGCAAGGCGCGGAUCCGGCGCGAGAACAUCGUGGUGUACGAUGUGUGCGCCACCAUCGACCAGUGCCCCACGCGUAUCGAGGAGACCUCGCCCAUCGUCCUGCGCUACAAGACCCCCUACUUCAAAGCCUCCGCCCGCGUGGUCAUGCCCCCCAUCCCCCGCCACGAGACCUGGGUGGUGGGCUGGAUUCAGGCGUGCAACCAGAUGGAGUUCUUCAACACCUACAGCGACCUGGGCAUGUCAAGCUGGGAACUGCCUGAUUUGAGGGAAGGGAGAGUAAAAGCCAUCAGUGACUCAGAUGGGGUGAGCUACCCUUGGUACGGGAACACCACAGAAACUGUGACCUUGGUUGGCCCCACCAACAAGAUCUCCAGGUUCUCCGUCAGCAUGAAUGACAACUUCUACCCCAGUGUGACAUGGGCAGUGCCUGUGAGUGACAGCAAUGUGCCGCUGCUCACAAGAAUCAAGAGAGACCAAAGUUUCACAACCUGGCUGGUGGCCAUGAAUACCACCACAAAGGAGAAGAUCAUUCUGCAGACCAUCAAGUGGAGGAUGAGGGUGGACAUUGAGGUGGACCCUCUUCAGCUCCUGGGGCAGCGGGCCCGGCUGGUGGGCAGGACUCAGCAGGAGCAGCCCCGGAUCCUGAGCCGGAUGGAACCCAUUCCCCCUAACGCACUAGUGAAACCCAAUGCCAAUGAUGCCCAGGUCCUCAUGUGGAGGCCCAAGCGGGGUCCACCUCUGGUUGUGAUCCCUCCUAAGUAGAAGCAGACUGGCCUGACUGUGUGUGGAUCACACGCUUCUGAGACAUGCAGUGAGGGGUGCCAGAGGUGGCAGGAGCCAAACUGAGUUUCUGAGCCAAAGCAGACCUCUCGGUUUGCCAGCCUUUGCAGCCACUUUUGAAGAGUAGGGCUGCCCCUUGGGUGGUAGAACCAUAAUCCUUAGGAAAAAUCCCUUCCUCUUAGGAAUAAAGAAAUCACUGAUUUGACAGACUUGCUGUGAUUACCAAGCAAGUAGCCAUAUUUUGGAGCUGACCAGGAUGAUUCUUUUAUCUGAACUAUUGACCAUUUCUUUCCUGUGAGAUGCAGGGGAUAGAAACGAAAUUAAACAGUGCCUGUGGCAAAUGCUGCUUCCCAACCAAUUAGAAGUAGGAGUGAAAACAUCCACACCAGGUGGUCGUCUCCUAGUAGGACAAGGAAAGCCCAGCAAGCACAACCACAUGGCAGACUGAGAAGGAGGAAGUGAGCAAAUGGCUGGCGGCUCCAGAAGCUGAAGCCCUGGACAGCUGAUUUCCCAUUAAAACGAGUGCCAUCCUGCCUACCUCCUCGCCUUCCUCCCAUCCCAUGACCAGUCCCUCCUACCCACCCUCUGCGGGCCAUGCAGCACUUGCCCUGGGCUGACUGGGCUGCCUCCUUGGCUCAUGGGGAGCUGUGUUGAAGUGGGGGGUGUGCCUGCUGUAUCUGUGUGUGGAAAGAUGGGGUUCAUUCUGAUCUCAAGUCCUUUCCCCAACCCUCAGAGUGAAGCCUCCUAGGAAUGAAGAGCUGGUCAGCCUGGACUUUUACGUAACAAGACCCAGCCUUGGUUCCCAAACCCUGCCUUCCCUCCCUACACUUUUGGAUGGGAAAUGGGGAAUAUGUAUCUCCCUUCCUCCUCCUUCUCCAUGUGGGUGGCCUCUCUAGGUUUCUCUAAGUUCUCUGAUCCUCAGAGAGCCAGGGCCAAGGCAGUCAUCUUGUUCCCUCUUCCACGGCCAGGCUGGGUGCCUUCAGGUGACCAGGGGCAGAAUGUAAGUCACCAGGAUCAGUGGGGUGAGGGAAAACCACCUUAAGAGGGCAAAAAUGGUGUGCAUUGGUUUAUUUAUUGGCUUGCUUACUGAUUUAUUUAUAUUUAUUAUACAACACUAAAUCCAUUUCCAUUUUUGAAGCAUCAACCCCAGAAUUUGUCCUCCUGGCCCCAUAGAGCACAGUGAACUAUUUCUCUUUGAAGCUUCAGAAUAGAGGAAAAUUUUCUCCUUUGCCCCAACACCUCCACCGCAGCCACAUUUUCAGCCAGACAUUGGAUUAGAAAGCACCAGCUCAUAAGGCUGUAAAGCCACAAAUAUCAGCAGAGCUCAACUGUCCAGACAGCUCUCAGAAUCCUGCCUCCCUCAUGCUCCUUUACUCGGGUGGGGAUUGGCCAGCCUAACAGUGCAGAACAAAACUUCUCAUUCUGCUCUGAUGUAGUAUUCUUAACAUCACAUGCACAUUAGAAUCAUCUGAGGAGCUUAAAAAACGUCCAUGCCUGGUCCCCUGCCCAAACCAAUCAGCAUCUAAGGGUAGAUCCUGGGCAUCAGAGUUUUUGAAAUUACCCAGAUGACUCUGUGAAAAUAGGGUUGAGAAGUUCUAAUGUCACCUCUCCAUUGCCCCUCCCCACCCAGAUCCUUUCAUUUUUACUUUCCAAGCUUUCUUCAGAGUCCUCUUCCCAUGCUUCCAGCCCCCUCUCCUCCCUGAACCUUCCCCCUCAGCUCAGCCAACCAUAGCAGAUCCCUGCAGAGGGGGCAGGUCCCAUGAGUGGUACUCUGAGGCUGCUGGUUCCUGCAUCUAGCCUGGGGGCUGCUCCCAAACAGUUUCCAGCUUUUCUAGGAGCAGAAACCUAUCGCCUGCAAGAUUCUCUGUCCACCUGCACCUUCUCCAGGUUCCCAAACUCCAAAAGUUUAAAGGGCACUUUGGUGACAUUUCUGUCUCCAAGCCCUAUUCUUGAUGGUAUGGCCCAUGUAAGUGGUAUAACCCAAGCCUUGGCCCUUUCUGCAGAGCCACUUGGGUUGAUUGAGGGUCUACUGUUAACAGAGGAAGGGGUCACAAUGCCCCCCCCCGAGGCAAGUCCUUUUUCCAACAGCUAACCUUCUCAGCCAUCUAGGAUUUGGACGCACAAUGCUGCAACUGCUAUGCAUUCAAAUCCUAGAUGGCUGAGAAGAGGCAUCUCACCCUUCACAUCUACAAGAUCUCCACUGCUGAGUAUGAGUAAAUGUGUGUGUGUGUGUGUGUGUACACAUACAUGUACACACACUACAUACAAACCAUCUAGAUCUAUAGAGAUGCCAGACUUCACUAUACAUGUUACUACAUUUUACAUGAUAACAAUUGAGGGCUUUCAUUGUCUUUCACUUGAUGGAGUUUCACUAUGCUAUGUUCAUGAUGGGCCCCAUUGAAUUCCGUAUCAGGUAUAUACACAGAAUGUAUAAUCCAUACAAACUGUUAGAUACACAACACACACACACAAAGUCUAGAGAGACCUAUGAUGUAGGUAAGUUCAUUUUGCCAUCCCAUCUCCUCCAUCGAAGUAAUUUCCCGGGGCACACACUGUUUCACACAUUCUCCUCAGCUGCCCAGUCAUUCUCUCUCCAGUGUCCCACACCACCAAGCCUUCUUCCCCAUUGGUCCAAAUGUCCCUGCCCUGCGUCCCAUCUCUCAGGGUCCUACUCUCUGAUAGGUGACUGUUCAGUCAGUGGGUGCUAGAGUCGAGUGUUACCCUUCCCAGGUGACAUUUACAUUUUAAUAGGGGCUACAGAUAAUGCCUUAAUCCGAAAGAGUGGCUGUAGUGGUGGGAAUUUCAGGCACAGAAGUGGGCCAGUAAGGGAGAUUCUUUUAUAUCAGGAGGGCAUUUUAGAGCCCCCAAGUCAUACCUGUCUUUAAUCGCAGCCCUUCAUAAGUGCAUGAGCACGAGCAAGCACACUUACCUACAUUACACCCUCCAUAAUUCUGAGAUACCUCCCUUGCCUUGGCCCUAUCUUUAAAAAUGAAAAAAACGAAAAAGAGAACUAGCUAAAUUAAUUUAGAUCUCACUGGGAAAUGUAGCCUAUUUUUUCACCGGCUGCCAGCCAUCUGGCCCACCCCACCCUGUUCAAUUUCCCUUCUGCUCCUUCUCUUUUCAGCUACGACCGACCGUAUCAGUUAAUUUACUUGUAUGUGUCCUCUCUGCUCUCUCCUUACCCUGUUCCCCCCUGCCACCCCACCCCCAUGUAUUUCCUUCUUGUAUCAUUUCCUCCUUGGAGUUGUGCUGUGUUUCACUGUCCUGGAGGACAGAAGAGCAGGUUAAGGCAUGAGCAUGUGUGUAUCACUUUGAAGAAAGAGAAACCAGGUAUUCUGCUACAGUUUGGAGAAAAAUCCAAUGAAGGAAGAGAUGAGAGCUGGCUCUGCAGAGUGCCUUAAAAAUGACUUUAAUUAGGAAAUUCUGAGUUGUCGGUCUUCAGAUGUUACAUAAACUCAAACAGAUGUUGCAUUUCACUUCUCUGGGAUUAAAAAAAAAAUGUUAAAUACAGUGUGUAUUCAACAACAACAAAA